GCCUAGAGGGCAGCAAUUAGCUUGCCAUGGAUGAGAGGAAGCUUCACAGAGGAGGCAUCUCGAGAACGAAGUUGGCCAAACAGAGAAGGGACCAGUACAUUCCAGGCCAAGGCAGGGCCUAUGCAGAGGCCUGGAGGCAUGGAGAGCUGAGCCUGUUAGAGCAGAGAGGGCAAGGAGGAGGGCACAGCCUCUGACCUCACAAUACUCAGGGCCCACCAGGCCAGCCUUGCUAUUUGCAAACUCUGGCGCCCUCCUCCAGCCCGGGCAAGGCCCGGGGCCCUGGGCAGCCUCCAGGUGCAGUGCCCGCCCGUGGGCUGCACCCUUCCCGCUGCCCUGGGGCAUGUCUUUACUCACCAAUUAUGAAGGGCUUCGGCAUCAGAUCGAGAGGCUGGUGCGGGAAAACGAGGAACUGAAGAAGCUGGUGCGGCUUAUUCGGGAGAAUCAUGAGCUCAAGUCGGCGAUCAAGACGCAGGCGGGUGGCCUGGGCAUCAGCGGGUUCACCAGCGGGGUUGGCGAGGCAGCGGCUGGCUCUUCCCAACGCCAGGGUGUCUUCCUGUCCCCGUCCCCGGCAGCAGCAAACGAACCUGUCCUGGAAGAAGUGGGGAUAGUGGCUCUGGCACCCCUGGCCGACAUGCUAAACAGUCCACAGCCUAGCUCCGCAUCUGGACCCAUCGUGAGCCCCCUGAUGGGCCCUCUCAACACACUGCUGCCUGGCCCAGGGCCCACGUCCCAGAGCAGCCCACUCACCAGCCUUCUGACCGGCCCCCUGAGCAGCCACCUGGCCAGCCCCAGGGCAGUGUCCCAGGCGGGCACACUGGCCAGCUCCCUGGGCCUGCCUUCCACUGGCCCCCUGACUCCAAGCAACCAUCUGGCCAGCCCCGUGGCGGUGUCCCAGGUGGGCACACUGGCCAGCUCCUUGGGCCUGCCUUCCACUGGCCCCCUGACUCCAAGCAGCCCCCUGAUGGCCCCUAUGACAGGCACGGUGGACGUCUCUCUGAGCAGCCCCCUGCUCACCUCCACGGCGGCCCCUCUAGGUGUGUCUCAAAACCUUCUGGCCAACCCCAUUAGCAAUGGGGUGCUGUCAGAGGCUCCAAGGGUGCGGCUGGCAGAGCCGCUCCAAGGAUGCCCCUCUGGACCCCAUCCCUCAGCCGGCACGGGGCCUGCUGCCACCUCCAAAGUCCCACUCUCCACUGAGCACCCCUGGCCAACCCAGGACCCAGAGCCCCUCAGUGUGACAUUUGUGGGUGUGCCCAUCCAGACCUCCACCCCCAUCGGUACCGGGGGCACUCCUGGCCCCAUGACGGCCUUCUCCUACAGCCCCUCAGAGGCCCAGACCCAGCCUGGUGCCCCUCAGGGACAAGCGGUUCCUGCCUCUGACUCCACCUCCCCAACUGCCCCCCCCACUGUCACAGGCCUCCUCUCUGCCCCCACUCCCGCCCCCCAAGCUGCCACCAACCACACCCCCUCGAGCACCACCCACAUUGCCCAGCCCAUCCCCCACUGCCCCUCCCGGGAGCACCACUCCCCUACCCAGCCCUCACCCACCCCCCACUCCCCUCCACGCAACCGCCACUCCCCACCUCGAACCUCAUCUUCCCCGGCUUCAGUCAACAACGCCCGGGGUCCACGUGUCACGGAAACAUCUCGGAAAAGCAUCCUGGAGUUGGAGCGGAAGCUGGCCCACCGAAAGGCCAGCAAGUUCCCUGACAGCUCCCGAGAUUCGAAGCAGCUGGCCUGGGAGAGGCUGGUGGGGGAGAUCGCCUUCCAGCUGGACCGCAGGAUCCUGUCCAGCAUCUUCCCCGAGCGUGUGCGCCUCUACGGCUUCACCGUCUCCAACAUUCCAGAGAAGAUCAUCCAGGCCUCCCUGAACCCCAGCAACCGCAAGCUAGAUGAGGAGCUGUGCCAGACGCUCACACAGCGCUACGUGAGCAUCAUGAACCGGCUGCAGAGCCUGGGCUACAAUGGGCGAGUGCACCCGGCACUGACUGAGCAGCUGGUGAACGCCUAUGGCAUCCUGCGCGAGCGGCCUGAGCUGGCUGUGUCUGAGGGCGGCUCCUACACAGUGGAUUUCCUGCAGCGCGUGCUGGUGGAGACUGUGCACCCCAGCAUGCUCACUGAUGCACUGCUGCUGCUCUCCUGCCUCAGCCAGUUGGCGCACGAUGACGGCAAGCCCAUGUUCAUCUGGUGACACCACCCAGUGCCUGCUGGCCCAGGCUCACUCUGCCCCAAACCCUGCAACUGCCAUUAAAGCUCCCCACAGACAUUGACCGCAGAGCCUGCACCAGAACUCCUGGGUGGUGCUGC